AAAAGAGAUGAAAUUGACAAAAUUUAAGAAAAGAAGCAUAAAAUGAGAAAAUUUGAGUAAGAAAUAAAACAAAAUAGAAUUCAUUCUGGUUUAAAAGCCAAGGAAUAAAAGUGGGUUUUUAAACUGGUUAUGAAAGUGUCUAAUGUUGGGGAGGUCCUGAUGUGAAGAGGGAGUUUGUUGCACAUUUCAGGAGCAAUCACAGCAAAGGCCAAUCUCCUCUGUGCUUUAAUCUGGACAUAUGGACAGCUAGGAGCAUUUGGUCCCCAGACCUCAAUGAUCUUGAAGGAAUUUACCAGUUGAAAAGAUCAAAAAGGUACGAGGGUGCUGACCUGUGCAAUCCCUUGAAAAGUUAAUAGUAUUAAGUCUGAUUUAAGAAGGAAAAAUUAGAUCUAGUAUAAUAUUUAAGUGCAAGUUUGUGGAUCUCAGAUCUUGUACAUUUUACUCAAUUGAUAUCUUUAGUUAAUGGUUACUUUUCAGAUCAUGUUACAGAUGCUCCCUGAAUGAUAAAAGCCUCUUAUCUCUGUAUCUGUUUUACGAAUAAGAUUUCAAAUAUAUGAAGGGUCAGGUCUACUGUUCCUACUCCCUGAGUCAAGAGAGAGAAGCAGGUCACAGAGCAGCAAUGCUACAGAGUAUGAAGGUUUGAUGUGAUCUGUAUACAAAGAGGCUCAACUUUAAAUAUGUGCAGUAAAAGUCCUCAAAUAGUCAAUUAAAUGCCCUUUGUAAAGCAUUAAUGUCUACUUUAGUAAUAUUUAAGUGUUGCUUUAAAGUAUUUUCACUGUCACCCCGGUAGUUCAACCAGGGUGGUAAGGUGCCCCCUUAUACUGUGUACCCCAAUGUGACAGUCCUCCAUAUUUAAAUUACUUUGGUUUGCAAAAUCUGCGAGUCACGAAAACAAGUCUGAUUAUCAGAUCUGCUGCUGGAAUAACACUGUUAAUAGUUAUUGCCACGCAAAAAGGGGGCAUACAAGUACAGCUAUCCACGAAAAGGUUUCUUCACUGAGCUAUAACAUAAUCUCCCACAUCAUGUUUAUUGUGAUUCUUACUAUACCCUGAGAUAUUUGGCAAGAUUUUAUGUAACUAAACAGAUUUAAGAGAAGCUGAUACUUUUUUGACGAAGGGGGACAAAUAUUUAUUGAACCUUUGAAUUCGCGAGUUUUUACAUCGUAAGAAUUGUCCUGCAUGCGGUGCCGUACACGUGCAUCCUAGCAACAGACAUACACAUCCAGAAGCGAGCGAGAGGAGAUGGAUGAAAGUUCACCUCUUCGUAUUCAUGUGGAAAGAACACUGGCCAUUAUUAAACCAGAUGCCAUCGACAAAGCUGCGGAGAUAGAGAAUAUUAUCCUCAAGUCGGGUUUCACCAUCCUGCAGAAGCGGAAGCUGCUGCUAAGUCCAGAGCAAUGCAGUGAUUUCUACGCAGAGGAGUAUGGAAAGCAUUUCUUCCCCAGCUUGACGGCCUUCAUGAGCUCUGGCCCCAUCGUUGCCUUGAUGCUAGCAUGCGACAAUGCUAUCGCCCACUGGAAGUACAUCAUAGGACCUGUCAACAGUGCCAAGGCCAGAGAAACCCAUCCAGAGUGCCUUAGAGCAAAAUAUGGCACUUCUGAGCUACAAAAUGCCCUUCAUGGAAGCGAUUCAUUUCAAGCAGCUGUAAGGGAGAUCAAAUUCAUGUUCCCAAACUCUAUAAUUGAACCCUUACCCUCAAGAGAAGAAAAUGAAGAAUACCUGAGCAGGUAUAUAAACCCAGUUCUGCUACGCGGGCUCACUGAGCUCUGCAUGAACAAGCCACUCAACCCCAUUAUUUGGCUUGCAGACUGGCUCAUCCAAAACAACCCAGACCAACCUCAAAUAUGUGAAGCAGUCGUUGUGGAAGAGGAGCAAUGAGAGGCAAACAGUGGGG